UUUUGAAAUGGCCUAUUAGUUGUUCUUUUGAACAAAACUCAUUUUGAACAAAAACAACACCACCCUUUGCACAAACACUAUUUACGUCACCUUUUUGUGUUUUUCACGUCUCCCGCGACUUUUACCACCGUUUUUGUUCGAUUUUCUCAGAGUUUGAGACACAUUUACGCAAAAUGUCAACUGUCACAAAUCCAAAGCACCCUAUACGUGUUUUCUUGAAACGGUAAUUUAAACAUUUUUGGACCUUUUUGGGACAUGAAACUUUUGCUUUCGUUAAGUGUUUGAUUAAAUUUUCGUUUUUUAACAUUACAUUUUGUCGUUUUUCACUUUCAUUAGUGUUUCUAAAAUUUCUUUUUCUAGUGUUGCCAACAGAAAUGAUUUAACACUAAAGUCACUAGACUUAAACCAGUUCAAAAUAUACAGACUUCGUAUUAUGUAAUUUUAAUUUCCAGAAAAAAAGAAAAGCUAAUGGUACGGCACAUGUGUGAGAAAGCAAGACAUAUCACGUUGUGGUGAAGCAUUGAAAAAAAAACAAAUUUUUGACCUUCACUGAAAAAACAAUAUAAAAAGCAUCACUGCAAAAAUGUCUCAUUCCAACAAAACAAAAUGUGGUCAUUAUUGCACUUCCUGUUCUCGUUUUUUGUCCUAAUUUCAGCCCAAAAAAAGGGGAAGUACUGGACAACAAUCAGCGAAUGUAUGACUGAAUAUUCAAUGGAUGUUGAAGAUAUAAAGAAAUUCGACUUACCGGCUGAAAAUAUGGGCGAAGAAAUACUUUGUUUUACUAAAUGCUUCUACGAUAAACUUUUAAUUACAAAUGAAGAUGGCAAAAUCAGUAUUGACAACCUCAAAUCAAUUCCCCUAGUAAACGCCAUCGAUGAGUCCAAAUACGACGAUCUGGUGACUUGUUUGAAGGAAGUUGGCAAGAUUGAAAAAUGCGAAGAUGUGAAAAAUAUCGAAAAAUGUUUUGUUAAGUAUAUUUAAUCGUUAAAAUAAAAAAACAAGGUUAAGGGUUAA